AGAAAAUGUAUUCAGACACAAAACUUACAUUCUCGCUGACCUACUGUCGUAGGGUUAUUCCAAAAAUCCGCUGCAGGAAGGAAAAGUAAGUUUAAAAAGAAACUCCAGAAGUCACACGCCUGUUACAACCGACACUAGUAUGCAGGUUUCGGUUUUAUUGACUUUUCUGAUUGAAAAGUAGUCCUUUAUCGAUUAAGGACUCCGGUUGGGUUGACAUCAUGACAUGAUGACUCAUGACAUCAUGAGUAUGGUUGGGUCAGAAACUAGUUGGAAAAUCCUGAUUCAUAUGCGUAAACUCUUUGGAUCAUAUAAACAUGUAUAAAAUCCCGAGUAUUUGUUAUGCUUUUCGGUUCACUGCUAAUUUGGCUUGUUGUCAACUCUUGACUCAACAAGUCUUUGUUUACUCAUUUGAUUUAAUUAAGACCAUAUUUUGGGGCUUUCCUUUUACGUCUUCUCAUUUUCAUUUUUUAGUUUGAAAUGACUUAAAAUGAUAAUCUAAACUAUAUCUGAAGUUCACACCAAAUGAUACAUACCAAAACGUAAAAAGGCUCUUAUAAUUUAUAUCAUAACACAAAAACUUCUAGAUAUCUGCCUUUUUUGCUUAGCUCCCCAGACGAUGCUAUAAUUAUGUUUUGCUUUAUACUACAAGGCAUUGAUUACACCUCAACGUUUCUGCCACGAAUCGGGACCCUGGUCAAUUAAUUGGUUUCAAUCAAAUAGUUAAUCACUCAAUUCACCCUAUUGAGGUCCACUGCUAGAGAUAGGCCUCUCCCAAAUUACGCCUCAACACCCGGUCUUAGCCACCCACCUCUUGUAGGUCAUCGGUCCAUCGUGCUUGGGCGUCAGCCCUACGUUUAUCGGUAUAAAAAGAUCUUAUAGUGUGCAAUGUUAUAAGACAUAAAGGUUGACUUAAUUUUUCAUUUAACAUGCAGGUUUUAUUCUAUUCUCAGCCAAUCUUUGGCCCUCUGACUGGCUAUAAAUAAAAUAAAUAUCAAAACCCAUUCAAAUUUUGCGCCUGUCUGUCAGUUACCAUAUUUUAUAGGCGAUUUUUGUGGGAUAGUGAACAUGCAUUCUUGGUUCGUACUAAUAUUAUUUGGAAGCCUACUUGCGCAGAUCCUGAGCAGACCACAACAAGCAGAGUAUAAUAACGACAGUGAUGUCGAUGAAAAUGAAGAAGAAGAAGAAAAUGAACAAUCGCCCGAAGAUUUUCUUGCCGACGAUGAAGACUCGCGUCUUAUAGAACAGGAGCCAGGAGUCCAAGAAGAUGAAGUACCGCGAAGUAGGCAUUUGUUAGACUUAACAGAAAGCAGGUAUUUGCAACGAAACGCUGAUGACGAUCACUUAGCUCGGAGCAAAACUAAAAAUCUUUCAGAUUCAAAAAACAACAGGAAUAGAGAAAUACGAGAGGAGAACGCUUGUCCCGCUAACUUUAACGACCAGCCGCGAGCCCUCCCCCGUCGACGACAAUCAAAUAGAUACAUUGAAGCAAAUGACGAUCAACAAGAAGCAAAUCAACACUUAACAAAUCGUGAUGUUAACAAAUCAAACCGCAUUGUGCAAAACCAAGGAGACAGUCUACUCAAUAAAAGAACUGCAGAUUUUGAAGGUACAUCCAACGAAGAAGGUGACAUGUUGUUCGAAAAAAAUAGAGACCAAAUAAGCAAGGUAGAUAAAAGCGAGUAUAAUAACAACGACGCUCCAGAUCCUAGUGAACAAUCGCGAUACUUUAAGCAGUAUUAUAACGCCAUGCAAGCAGAUAAUCGAGACAUGGCAGAAGAAAAGUCCCAUGACGCGCACUAUAACCAAAGAGAUAGGCGUGAGGCUAAAGAUGCUAGUGCCCAAACCGAAACGCCUAAUGUCUCAAGCAACCAAGGAAGUAAGGAGAACAACGACAAAACAGACACCGAAGACGAAGAAUCAGCCAUAAAAAGGCACAUAAAGAAGUUAUCUGGAGAUGAAUUAGACCAGCUUCUUAGUUCUUUAACUGAUGAAAAGAGAGAGCUUCUGAAAAAAAUUAUAGACGACGUUGAUGCCACCGAUAAUGGUUUUAUUAAUAAACGAGAAAUCACAAAAAAAGCUGGAGCAGUUGAAGAGAAUAAUUACAAUGAAAACAGUCAAUCUGAUAUCAGCAAAGUUCAAGGUGGCAGUCCAGUUGUAGAUGUAAAUACUGAGGCAUCAGUAUCGCAAAAUACUGAGACCACAGAGAUCAGUAAAGCAUCGGAGGGACAAGCGGAAAACAAUGAAACUGCUAAAACAGCCGAAACCAGUUCCAGCUCUGUUAAUAAAGUAGAACUAACAAGUAACAACGAUGAUUCCAUACAGAAGAAAACCGAGAGUAAUUUGAAUACAUUUGCUGUAAAUUUGGAUCCAAAAAAUCAAGGUGAAAUCGUGGCUAAUGUACAAGUUGCAACUAAAACAGAAACCAAAAGAGAGACUAAUUUAGACGACUUGGACGAUUCGCAACUUGACACUAAGAUGAUAGAAAAUGAAUUAAGUUUACAAAAUGCGCAGGAUUAUCUUAACGACCAGGGAUAUUUUUGUUCUCAGGACGAAACCUUAUCCAAAUUAAUAGAUGAUGAAACUCAAACUCACGACGAGGCUAAAGCUUAUAAACGAGAAGCCAACUCGGACAAGCAGCCGGAUUUAUCUGAUUCUAUUAAAUCACUAGAGGAAUCUUUUCCUAAUUCAAAUACAUACGACGAUGCAGUGCCAUAUUCUGGACCCUUAGUUAGGGUUAAGCGAAAAAACUCGGACAGAGUGAUAAAAAAACGAGGAGCUGCUCUUAUGCCCGAUACAAAAGUGGCGUUCUUUCCAUACAAGGCAGAAAAUGAGGACGAAGACAACGACGAAGGUAAUGAAUUUGAUGACGAAGGUUUUUACGAUCGCACCUCUAACUUUGCUAACAGUAAUAAAGGUGUUGAAGAGGAUAUCGCCAAUUCUGAAAAUUCUCCCGAGAAUAAAAACAUGGAGAAUGUCAAAGGGCAAGAUAAUUUAGAAGGAGAAAGUAGUCUUGGAUCAGACACUGACAACGUGCUAUCUGGAGUUGAAGGCGCUGACGAUAAUCUUAUGUACAGCAGCGGCGUGCGCAACAGACGUACCGCGGAAGACAACUCUAGCGGUCCAGCAGAUGUCAAAUCGGAACGAUCAACGUCUUUAGUGAAAGAUGAAAAAGUGGCGUCAGAAAACUUCUACAACGCUCCGCACUACCAAGAGAACGAUUCAUUUGGACCACUACCGCGGAGCUACGACGGAGAUUUAGCCAGAUAUAAAAGAAUAAGGAGGGUGAAACAGUCGCACAAUGCUCAAGACAUAAACUCCUCUGAUGGUUAAACAAGUUUCUAAUAACUAUGUUACAUAAUUUUUAAGUAUUUUAAAUUAUGUUUGCAUUAAAUACAUUAGUUUGUAUCUAAUUUUAAUUUACACUAUUUUAUAUUGUUUAUAAGAAUGCUGUAUAUAGGUUAAUUUAAAAUUAGUUCUUUUGUCUUGAGGUUUUAACGAAAUUCUCGUGUUUCAUGUUUUAUUGUCAACUUUCAAUUAUGUUUUCGGCUGCGCGUUUACGGAUGAAAACAAGUCAUGUAUAAAUUAUUUAUAAUAUUACACUUUGGUUAACUAAUUUUAAAUAACCGU